AUGGCAUCUCAGAGAUGUGUCGUUCCUACGGCAAAGACCUUACCGCCAUUGCUGCCGUUAUGUGAUACUAAAGUUGAAAUUGUAAACGGAGGAUAUGGCAUUAAGAAUCCCCUAUUGAAGGCAGAGAUGCUUCCUGCUGAAAACUUGAUCAAGAGCAGUUCAGCGGAAAAGAAACCUCUGGUCUGUAGCAUUUGUCGCAAAGAAUUCAUGUUGAAGCGACUGUUACAACGUCAUGCAAAAUGUCACUCGGAAAUCAAGCGCUACCUUUGCACGUUUUGUGGCAAGGGCUUCAACGACACGUUCGAUCUAAAGAGGCACACAAGGACGCACACCGGAGUCAGACCCUAUAAAUGCGACCUCUGCGACAAGUCGUUCACUCAAAGAUGCUCGUUGGAGUCCCAUUUGAAAAAGUUGCACGGAGUUCAGCACAACUAUGCCCACAAGCAGCGUCGAAGCAAGGUAACCUGCUGA